CAGCACCAUAGCUACUGUUGUAUCCCGCAGCCUGAAUUCUAAUCCCUUCUCAAUUCCUAUCCUCUCCUUAUUCUGCCUCCCUGAACUCCUCCAUGGAGCCCUCUUUGGAUUUUAUAUCCAAUCCCUCCAGCCUCUGUGAUGUUUUUCUCACGCAGGGGGCUCAAAUUGCUUGUUACUUAUAGUGCACGCCAAAUGUUUGUACGAUGGUAUUACUUCCCAUGAAUCAAGGUUUCAGUACAGCGACGGCUUCGCACCUCCCAGCAUCCAACCAUGACAAUUCACCACCCUUCUUUCUUUAGGCGAACAGUCAUGGGAUUUUUUUUUUUCCCUAAAUACAUGAGAGAGAGAAAUAACAGAAGUGGAUCUGGCACGGGUCAAAAGCGUGAAUGUAUUCGUCAAGCUGUACCUGUAUAAAUAUUGAAAAUUUUAUCCAGCUGAAUAUGGGAGUUAUUAUUAUUAUUAUUAUAUGUUAGGGGGUAAACGGGAAAACAGGUUCAUUUAUUCGCUUUGUUGGCCUCGUCCACAGUUCCAAUCCGAUCUCUCUCUCGUGGCCUUUUGUCCUUGGCCCUCGCUCCGCCCAACUCGUCGUUGCCCUUCUCCGUCGACUGUUCCGAGCAAGGGCGGCGGCCGCGCGCGAGACCUCAGUCCAAGGUACGGCUGCCGGCCCAUCACAUCUCAUCCUUCCCCCUUUGCACUCCCUUCUCCUUCAUCCUAGCUAUCACCCAAAGAAGAGGAGUGAGAAUUACCGGUUUUAAUUAGUGUUGCUGGAGAAGCUACGAUGGCUCAGACGUCGCCUCAGAAAGUGGUAUCAGUGUACCUCUACGUCCCGAACAUUAUAGGCUAUAUGAGAAUCCUAAUGAAUUGUGUGGCAUUUGCUUUUUGCUCUUCCAACAAAACACUCUUUGCCAUACUUUACUUCUUCAGCUUUUUCUGUGAUGGACUGGAUGGUUGGUUUGCACGAAAAUUUGAUCAAGUGUCAACCUUUGGAGCUGUUUUGGACAUGAUAACAGACAGAGUAAGCACUGCUUGUUUGUUGGCACUGCUCUCCCAGUUAUACAGGCCAGGCUUGAUUUUCUUGUCAUUGCUUGGACUGGAUAUUGCAAGCCACUGGUUGCAAAUGUAUAGCUCUUUCUUAUCAGGCAAGACUAGUCACAAGGAUGUAAAGGACGAGAGUAAUUGGCUUUUGAAGGCAUACUAUGGGCAGCGAUUAUUCAUGGCCUUUUGUUGUUUGGGAUCUGAGGUUCUUUACAUCAUUCUCUUCCUUCUUGCUGGUAACCAAUCUGAAAGUGUGCUUGAUGUUUGCUUGAAUGCUAUGAAACAGAGUUCACUUCUUUCACUGUCAUUAUUUUUGACUCUGACUGGAUGGGGAAUUAAGCAAGUGAUUAACAUCAUACAGAUGAAGACAGCUGCAGAUUCCUGCGUGUUUUAUGAUAUGAAAAGAAGCAAUUGACCGUGAACCUGCAUGACUACUAAUUGUCACCCAUCCAAUGGUUUUAGUUUUGAUGCCUUGGUGAAUUGCUGCAUAUGCUUGUACUCUCAUGUUGAAGAAACUUUUACCUAAUGGUUUAAAAACUGUAUAUUUUCUGUCCCAAGGACUGAAUGGAAACAAUUUGAAGGUUUGGUUCUUAAUCUAUUCUCUGUUAUAGAGCUACUUCAACAACUAA